AUGUCAGGUGUGUCUCUUGCUGUGGCUCCUAGAACGGAGCCUGAUACAACAACUACAAAACCCGGAUCUAACUCGCAAGAGAAACCGCAGCACCGUCAACAACAGCAGUCUGCUGUUGGCGGUGUCAUGGGCUCAUUGCGGGUAAUUGAGCUCCAACUCGUGGCCUUCAUCAUGGUCUUCUCAGCCAGUGGCCUUGUCCCGCUCUUUGAUUUGAUCUUCCCUGCUUUUGCCUCUGCCUAUCUCUUAGCCCUGUCUCGCCUGGCCUUCCCGGCACACGGCACCGUCACUUCCAGCUCUCAGGAGAUUUUCCAAGGCAGCAGAUUCUUCAGGGUCUAUGUGAUCGUGGGCACCACCGUUGGGCUUUUCUUGCCGCUUGCAUAUGUGCUGGGUGGCUUUGCAAGGGGUGACGAACAUGCUGUGCGCUCUGCAACACCCCACUUGUUCUUGCUCUCGUUUCAGAUUCUGACUGAGAAUGUGAUCAGCGGGCUGUCGCUGUUUUCGCCGCCGGUGAGAGCUUUGGUCCCAUUACUUUACACUGUCAGGAGAAUCUUUGUCAUCCUCGACUGGACCAGAGAUGUUUGGCUCAACAAAACCCUGCCUGCCAAUGCACAGUUCAAGGACACUGCAUGGUUUUGGUUUGGGAGGACCUUGGCCAUAGCCAAUUUCCUAUAUUUCUCCAUCAACCUGUUCGGGUUUUUGAUCCCUCAGUUCCUUCCGAGGGCGUUCGAGAGGUACUUCAAGGAGAGGGAUGAAGUUCAUGCCAAGAUGGCAGAAGACAAGCGCUCUGCAGCAGACGCAAAUAAAUCAGAACCAGUUUCAGAUAAGAAAGCUGCUUGA